GGACAAAAAAUCCACCCCGAAUGAUUAAUAAAUGUUUUUAUUUUGUUUGUGAAUUGUUCUGCGUUCCCUGUUUGCUCUAUGAUUGCUGGCUUUAUUCGCUUAAAUUGGUAAAUACAUUGCUUUGCCGAGGGAUGAAAACGUGAUCACGCCCCAUCCGCCUGUCGACCGGAUCGCUACGACACGUGUGUUGGAGAAGAUAACGCGACGAAAGUGUACGGUGCAGAUGGUGAGCAAAUUUCUGCCGCUUUCAAUCAGCUAGACCAAGAUGUCCAACUAUCAGCUGCACGCGAACGAAACUACCAUCUCGAUCCCGCGAAUAAUCACGGUCGACAGUGUGAACUACUACGAAAUACUGGUAAAAUGUGGUCAGGUAAUGUGGACGGUAAACCAUCGGUAUCGCGACUUUGCCGAGCUGCACGAACGGCUCGUAUCGGAACGGGGCGUCUCAAAGGACAAGCUGCCGCCGAAGAAGGUGCUCGGUAACAAGAGUCCCACCUUUCUGAAGAAGCGCCAGGAAGCGCUCGAGCAGUACCUGAAGGAGAUGCUCAUCUUCCUGAAAGUGACGAUGCCCCGGGAGUUUGUCGAGUUUCUCGACUUCCACCGGUACGACAUCAUCUUUCUGGUGCAGCAUCUCGCCAGCUCACUGUUUCUGCGCGGUGACGCAUUCCUGGCAAAGUCGAAAAAGUACGGCUUCUCGGUGCUGGAGCUGCACGCCAUUAGCGAGCGAAUGAAGAUACCGUGCCCGCCGACCGAGGCGGCCUGCAGCAACUACAACUUCUCCCACAUACUGGACUUUUGUGCCCAGCUGGAAACGAUCAUUGUGCUACCGACGAAGAACAGUCUGCCGACGAUACUGUACGACGACGAUACGGACAAGUACAUUCCGCAAGCGCUGCACAAACCGAUCGGCAGCAGCAAUCUCAUCCCGGUGCAGCUGCGGUACGAGCUGAGCGUGUUCAAGGUGUUGCGUAAUCUCAUCAUUUACGGCGUGCCGACGGAAAACAUUCAAAAUGUAGGUGCCUUGCGUGAAACGCUCUCGAGGAUAGAGGUGUACAAAAGCGAAACGAAACAAAUCUGCCAAAUUGCGCUGUGUGAUAAUGUCCAUAAGGACUCGGCGGAGGACGAGCUGGACAAGUCGAAGCAAUGGAAACAUCUGCGGCACGCAGUCUUCAAGGAAAACCAGCUGACGGCAAUCGAUCCUACGAUACGGCUGUUCCCAAGCGUCAAGGACCUGGUGCUGGACAAGAACAAGCUGGAAAGCAUUGCCCACCUUAGCCAUCUGAACAACCUGCAGAUACUCAGCCUACGCUGCAACCGGAUAGCCCAGUGCGCCAACUGGCACGUCCAGCUCGGCAAUCUGGUCACGCUGAAUCUGUCCCAAAACCGGAUCCGGUUGCUGGAAGGGUUGGCGAAGCUGUACUCGCUCGUCAAUCUCGACCUGAGCUGCAAUCUAAUUGACGACAUCAAUGAAAUCGAUUACAUCGGUAAUUUGCCUUUGCUGGAAAAUUUACGCCUGAUGGGAAAUCCUGUUGCCGGUGGUGUUGAUUAUCGUGCCCGUGUGCUUUCACGCUUCGGCGAUCGGCUGCAGGAAAUCUAUCUCGAUAACGAGAAGGGCAAUCAGACCGAGUACGAUAUGGCACUCGUUCACUCGGCGCUCCGUAUCUCGGCACAGAAAUCACACCGCAAGCUGCACAGCCUACUCGAUCCGGGUAGCACGGACGACGGUGAGCCAGAAGCGUGCGACGGUGAGCGGGCGGGAACGAGCGGUGGAGAAAGCAGAUGAAGCUACGUCACAUUCCAGACAGUUUUACGGAAGGACACAAUACCGAAUUUCGAUUCAAAUUUGGUUGCAAAGUUUAUGGCGAAUUGUGCGCGAUAUGAUUUGUUGUGUGACCGUUUCCAACUAAAGCUAAAGCAUCUAGCAACCAGAGAUAUUUUACCAACCGUUGACCAGAAUAUGAAUUGUUCGGACGACUAUUUGUUUUGUUUUGUUUUGUAAGGCAAAUACUGUACAAGCUAACCGGCGUAAAGCACAGGGGUCUGAUGCAAUAAAACACUGCUAAUCUGUAGCUACAUAGCUUA